UCAAGUGCACGGAUAUAUGCGUAUUUAUUGUUUUUUCACUAUGAAUUUCUAUAUUUUCACUCUAUUUUGUUCGACCAUCCUCAUUGGUUACGCCACAGCUCUUAAGCAAGGAGAAACUUGCAUCCGGAACAGUGACUGUGGCCCAGGGUUGCACUGCGAAACAUGCCUCGCCAAUAACAAUGUCAGACCACGCUGCACUCGAAUUCAACCUAUCAAUCCUCUCUCUAAGGUGAAAAGCUUGCCUUUUAAUCGGUACACCUGGCUGACGACGCACAAUGCGUUUGCUAAAUUAGGGGCAAGGUCGGCAACCGGAAGCGUGAUUUUAUCUCCAGAGAACCAGCAGGACUCCAUUACCAGUCAGCUCAACGUAUUGCCUCUUAAAUUCUCUCUAUAUCUAAAUCUAUCUAUCUAUCCACUUUACAUUUUUCUACUUAUUUUAUGUGCAUCAGUAGAUAGGGCUUUUGAGGUGGUUAGGGGAUUCUAGCUCUCUGUAAAUUUG